AUGUUUAGCUGCAAUACAUUAAUCGUGCAGUCGAGGCACGAGCACGAGAUGAUAAUGCGCACACACAGUUUAGAUUUUUCUGACUUGAACACGCUCUAAAUGUAAAUUAACCUCUGCAGCUGUUUCAAGAAUCUUUUAAUUUUAGUUUUUUAAAUUUUAUUAGGAGAAAAUGGCCACUCGUAAACACAGAGGGAUACCUCUUAGCUCGCUCAAUCCUAAAUUUCUUCACACAAACUCCACCAGCCAUACCUGGCCCUUUAGUGCUAUUGCUGAGCUCAUUGAUAAUGCUUAUGACCCAGAUGUUCGUGCCAAGCAGUUCUGGAUAGACUGGACACGCAUAAAAAACCUGGACUGUCUCUCAUUCAUGGAUAACGGAGCAGGAAUGACCAGAGCCAAAUUGCAUAAGAUGCUCAGCUUUGGUUACAGUGACAAGAAAGCCAUGAGAGACCAUGUUCCAGUCGGUGUCUAUGGCAAUGGUUUUAAAUCAGGUUCCAUGCGAGUGGGGAAAGAUGCCAUCGUCUUCACUAAGACCAGAGACUCGAUGAGUGUAGGCCUGCUCUCACAGUCCUACCUCCAGGCCAUAAAAGCUCAACAAAUCCUGGUGCCUAUUCUCACCUUCAGACGAGAUGGAAAAAACAUACCUGAGGAUGCAGCCAGUCUAGAUGCGAUAUUGAGACAUUCACUAUUCAAUACAGAGAAGGAGCUAUUCACUGAGCUGCGUGCCAUCAGCAUUGCCGGACCCACUGGCUCACGCAUCAUUAUCUGGAAUCUGCGCAGGACUACAAAUGGGGAAACAGAAUUCAACUUUGAUGCGGAUAAAUAUGAUAUUCAGAUCCGAGCAAAUGCUAGCGAUAAAACACGGGAGAGUCGAGCCAUGACGCCGGAGAGUGAUUAUUCACUUAGAGCAUAUUGUAGCAUUUUGUAUCUGAAGCCACGUAUGCAAAUCAACAUUCGAGGACAGAAAGUGAAAACCCAGCUCAUCUCCAAGAGUCUUGCUUACAUUGCCAUUGACAACUACAGACCUUCAUUUCUAACCAAACGUAUUCGGAUCACAUUUGGGUUCAACACCAAAAGCAAGGAACAUUAUGGUAUUAUGAUGUACCACAAAAACCGACUCAUCAAGGCUUAUGAGAAAGUGAGCUGCCAACGCAAGGUAGAGAGAAAAGGUGUUGGAGUCAUUGGUGUGAUUGAAUGCAAUUUCCUUCAACCGACUCACAACAAACAAGAUUUUGAUGAUACAGAUAAAUACAGGAAAACCAUGCAUAACCUCAGCAUCAAGCUGGAAGAUUACUGGAAUGAGAUACACUACAUGCAGAAGAAAGAGGACCCAAAAUGCACAGUUCCAAUAGAAGAUACAAUUAAAGUUCCGGAUCAAGUCUGGGUACAGUGCGACAGCUGUCUCAAAUGGAGAAGGCUUCCAGAUGGCUUUGACUGCAGCCGGCUGCCUGAGAAAUGGUUCUGCAACAUGAACCAUGACCCGCAAUUCAGGAGCUGUCUGGUGGAGGAGGAACUCCAAGAUCAAGAAGAGGAACAGAAGUCAUAUCCAAAAUGCUUCAAAAGACAGAAGAGGAACAGUAGGAGUCUACAGUAUGAGCAUGGGCCAGAGGUAUUCGAAAUUCCAGCCCUGGAAGCACCUGUCAAUGCCAGGCAGCUGAAAAAUCCUGCAAACUGGAAGUCGUCGCCUGCUGAUUUGUUCAGUAACAGUGUGACCAGCCUCAGUGUUCUGCCAACCACUUCUUAUGCUCAGAGAUCACCAAUGCCUCUGAUUAAUCUCACUGCUCUCUCUGACUCAAGGACUAAAAGGAAAGUCUCUACUGCUGAAGAAACAGCUAUGCCUUGUGCCUCUUUACCCCCUAAUGUCUUGCCCCAAGGUGGUGGCAUAUUCAUUCACACACAUUUCAGUUUUGCAGCAAACAAAGAAGAGGGCAAAUGGGAUGAGAUGGAAAAUGAGAGCAAUGCAAAUACAGACAACAAAGAGAGCUUUAAGACAGCGAGGUGCAAUCCGUAUCAAGAGCCUUUUCAAAAGGAGGAUGAUGAGUGGUACGCUUCUGAGGAAUCAACUAGUACAGAAACCCAGUACUGUACAGCAGAGUCACACACUAUGGAGGAAGAGGAAGAGGAAUUGUGUGAUAAUAACCAGGAUGAGUGGAGUCUGCCGCAGCAGCAGGAUGAGUUGGUGGAGAUGAUGGAGCAGACAGCAGAGGACAAGGAGGUGUGUACGAAUGAGCUGGAGCUGCUCCGAAAUCACUGCACCGCCCUGGAAGAUGAGAGGAGUCAGCUUCUGAGCAAGCUGGAAAAGAUGGAGGAACAGAAAGCCAGCUUGUCUUCCAUGUGUGACCAACUAAAGUGCAAAAUGGAAAGGCUGAAAGCAGAGAAGGAUGGAAGGCUGAGAGAAAAUGUCCGAAAUAGAGAAGAAAGGCAGAAGCUGAGGAAGCUGCGUAUCAACCUGGGCCACUUGUUGGUCUCCUUCGUUCCCGAUCUCGACCUUCAGCAGGUGGAUUUCAACACUGACGUCAUUGACGAGCUUCUUGACCAGGUCUUGAAGGAAGUCACUUAAGGUCAAAUCACAGCUGUAUUACAUGUCAGAUUUUCUAUUUCUUCAUAGUUAAUUAACCAUGAUAUCCCUAAUAGCCCAUGGUUUCAUUGCUGGCUUAGUCAAGGUGAGAUCAUCACUAUAUAAAAAGCAUUUACGAUUGUGGCCCAGCCUGGGCUUAGCAGGCAGCAACGCUAGUAAUGGGAUAUGUUUCUAAGUCAGUUUUUACUGCCUGCCACUGUCACAUACAGCUACAUCACUUGUUAAAUAAUUAGCAAGGCAUAAUAAAUGACAUUUUUUUCAACGUACGUGAAGAUAUAUACAUUUAGUUAAUUGCUAUUGUACUGUUUUUAUAUAUUUAUGUACUUUCAUCUGUUGUAUUCUGGGUUUUUUUCUGUCUUCAAGAUUUGUUCUUUAUCACUUUCUCACAUUCUUAAUGUUUACGUCAUUAAAGGUGAAAGUAGUGAUUUAGUGGAAAUUUAUUUGCAAUUAAAUACUUUAAAAAAAUCUUUUCAGUGUUAAAUUCAUGCACACACACACACACACACACACACACACACACACACACACACACACACACACACACACACACACACACACACACACACA